AUGGCAGCCACAACCUUACCUCUUGGAGUUGAUCUCUCACCUGCUGGACCGUCACGAGCCAGCACUAUUGACUCGCUAGACCGACAACUGAAUGCACUUGGUCUUGAAUCAUCUACGAACGAUAACCACGUCGAACUUCCAUCAUACGAUGUUGCCGUCCAAGAUGGUCCGUUACAGUACGCCGCUCUGGCAGAGAAAGCCACUGGCGCCGACGAGAAGCAAGCCGAGAUCAUCGCAGAACAAACACUCCUGGACAGAGCGACUGCCUUCCUCACAGCAGCGCAGCCCGUCGCUGGGAGCUACUCACUACUUGACAAGCCAAUCCUGAUCCCACGGCUCAACCCCGGACCGAACAUUCCCUUCGCUCGGGCCUGGGCACCCAGCCUACAAGCCUACGACAUCUCGCAGCACGACUUCCUCUCGUUCCUCGACAACCUCAACGUCGUCUGCGCGCCGCACCCCGCCGCACGCAUCCUCGAGAUGCUCGCCUUCGGCGUAGCCUUCGUGCCCGCGGACGGUGCAGACGGCAUCUCGGGCGGCCUUGCGCUGCUCGCGGCGCUCACGGCAUGGGCGAUCGCGCGCAGCCGCCGCAAGAAGUAUCUGGCCCUCGUCAACGCCAUGCUGUUCCACCCGCGAGGCCUGCACGCGCGGGUGGUCAGCACGAAGCAGAUGCGCGCGGUGCUGGACAUCGCCCCUGGUGAGCCGCUGAUGGCCCCGCUGGGCCAGGAGACGCUCGCUUUGAGCGCACAGGAGCGCAAUGUUCUGGCCAUGAGGCAGUGGGCCGCCGAGCUGGAGUUUGAGGGGCUGCCGGCGCCGGACCGGGCGACGGGGCUGUUGAACCGGUUUGGAGCGUGGCAGGUGCGGCGCAAGACGUGGCAAGCGGACAAGGAGGCGCGGCGUGGGAGGAAGAGGGCGUGGAAGAAGCACCUUAAAGGGAAGAAGUUGAAGGAAGGGAAGGGUGAGAAGUUUAGGAUUAGAUGGCUGUCAUGGGUGAUGGUGCAGAACUUGAGCGAGUGGGAGGCGGAGCAAAAGGAGAUGGAACGACGGAAGACUGAGAAGGAAGGCAAGGGAUGGCGAUGGGGGAGGAGUUGA